UCUUGUGCAAAUCAAUUAACUUUAAAAUUGUUUUAAUUGGAGAAAACGUCGUUUUAAGAUGGCGGCGGGUAUUAUAUGGAUGGUUCACAUUUUCAAUCUGUGUAAUUUAUCGGGCAUCUAUGGUUCCAGCUUUUCGUUUAAGUCCUAUCGUUUGGAAUCCGCCAGCAAUCGUUACAGACGAGACUCCCAUGUGAACUAUAAACUAGCCUGGAUAAAGCCUUGCAGCAUCACAUUCUCCAGUAAUGGCACGAAACCUGCCGGAAUUUCAUUCGAACUUGCUGGAACUCAGUCAGUUCAAGAUUCAACACUUUUUAAGACAUCAAAGCUAAUUCAACUUAUGAUACGAUUCAUGGCACAUGACACACUAGAACGAGUUUCAGAAGUCAGUUUUGGUAUCUUUAGUUCAAACGAACUGUUAACAGAUGCAUUCCCGGACCAUGCUGUUUCGGAUGAAUGUAAAUUUUCCUGUAAUGACGAAUGUUCUUCCUUAUGCUAUAAUGGACUUCCAAGAGCGAACAGCUCAGCUUAUCCGGGAUUGCGUGUUGUUGUCGUCGAUGCCAACAUCGAAUGCAGGGAAGACGAUCCAGAGAACAAGAUGGUUAAUCUCCUUGUGAAGUCGUUUGCAGAAUCUAUAUUUACACAUUUAUUUCCACCACAAAUAAUCAGUAUAUUGGAAGACAAUAUGAACAAAACGAAAGAUGUUUGGAAUGUUCAACCACAAACAGUGCUAACUUACUGGGUUGAAGCAGUUUUGACAUGGUUUAAUGCAAGAAGUUCAAAAGGUGCAAUGAAUGUAUGCAGUUCUAGCGGACAUCUAUGCUCGUCAGAAUUUGACAAUCGGAAAAACAUGAAAACGAAAGACUUAUUUUUAUUUACAACACUAAGCGCGUUAUUUAAUUACGAAAGGGAAUACUUACUUGGAAAAAUAUCUACAUGUGAGUGGUAAAAUCAACUGAAUGAUAUUGUGUUUUGUUUAAUUUGUUUUUCAAAUAAGGAUGGUAGUAUUCUAAGAUCUUAGAUCGAGAAUAAUUCUUAUAAAUUAAGAAAAUAGAUACAGAAGUGAAGUAUUAAGCCCAGUAGUCAGUACUUCAGUGUUGACAUGAAUUAUCAUUGAUAGAGUCAUAAUUAUAGAUUAACUGUUUACAAGAGAAUUUUUUAGAAAUACUAAGGAUUUUCUACCCCAGGAAUAGAUUACCUUAGCUUUAUUUAGCAAAACCUUUCGGAAUUUUGGGUCCUCAAUGCUAUUCAAUUUCGUACUUUAUUUUGCCUUUUGACUUUUUUUAUUCGAGCGUCACUGUCAUUGUAGACGAAACGCGCAUCUGGCUUACAAAAUUUUAGUCCUGGUAACUAUGAUGAGUUUAUAUUAGUACAAAAUCAUUUAGAUUGAAGA